UGAGACGUGGAGGGAGAGUAGAAAAGAAUCACCAGAUAAAGUUACUGACAAUAGAUGCCACUAAUAUGUUUCAUUUUUUCCAAUUACUUUUUUAGUGAUCAGAAAUGAGUGACCGAUCAGAGAAAAACAAUUCCAUUCAAGAGGGACACACAGAUCAUAGUUUUCCUGAGAAGAACUGUCAAAUUGGACAGAAACAACUGCAACAAAUAGAGAGGCAGUUAAAAUGCUUGGCAUUUCAAAACCCUGGACCACAGGUAGCAGACUUUAAUCCUGAAACAAGGCAGCAGAAAAAGAAAGCCCGGAUGUCAAAGAUGAAUGAAUAUUUUUCUACAAAAUACAAAGUAAUGAGGAAGUAUGACAAAAGUGGCAGGCUCCUCUGUAAUAAUGUUGACCUGUGUGAUUGUCUAGAGAAGAACUGCCUGGGCUGCUUCUACCCAUGCCCCAAGUGUAACUCCAACAAGUGUGGGCCCGAGUGCCGCUGCAACCGACGGUGGGUUUACGAUGCCAUCGUCACCGAGUCUGGAGAGGUCAUCAGCACGCUGCCAUUUAAUGUUCCUGACUAGGUGUUCUUGCAUAUGGAAUGAUUUGUUUCUUCUUCUUACACAUUUAAGUCAACCUCUUUCUCUUGGGUGAAUUUUAGGGCUUGGGGGAAAUAUUGAAAAAAACAUACUGAAGACUCAUGUUCUGUCAAGCCCCAGAACAAUGUAGAAUGGGCAAUAAUUCUGUAACCUUCUUAACUGUGUCAACAAGUUUCAAGUUCCUUAACUUACAACUGAAGAAUGUAACAAUGGAGGGAUCAGCAUUUCUCAUCAGCACCCUCAUCUCUACUCUGCCUUCAAAUUAAAACUCUCUUCCCUCUUUGCUGAUAUCUGAGAAAAUGUAGCUUUAAGAUUUUCAAAAAUCUGUGGCUGAGAGCUUUUCUUACAUGGAACAUAGAAUCUUAAAUUUAUAAUAUCUAGUUAUCCUUAGAAUCUUAUACAUCACUAGCUGUAAAUCAGAAUUGCCAUUUGGGUUAAAAAAAAACCUGUGACUUUGCACUGUAUACCCAUAGCGUCAUUUUUUAUUGUUCAUGUUUUAAUAACAUAAAAAUGAAAUUUAGUAAUA